AACAAACACUACACACUUUCACUGCAAAAAGUCACAAACACUUUCAGAUCGACCGAGCAAACGAUGCCGAUGCCGAUGCCGAUGCCGAAGCCGAAGCCGAUGCCAGAGGAGCAGAAGAUGGAAUACUUCAUGCAAGUCACUGAAGCACCGUUGUCCGUCGCCGUUCAGAAAUUAGAGAAACAUGGAGGCAAUCUAAAUAAAGCUCUUGAAGAAUUUUAUGAAAAGGAUUCGCUCCAAAACCCAAGUCAAAAUGAGCAACAUCGUAGCCAAAAGGGCUUAACAGUGGCGGAAUUUUUGGAAGCAUAUCCCAAAAAACAUGGAGGCAGCAAUCUAAAUAAAGCUCUUGAAGACUUUUAUGAAAAGGAUUCGCUCCAAAACCCAGGUCAAAAUGAGCAACAUCGUAGCCAAAAGGGCUUAACAGUGGCGGAAUUUUUGGAAGCAUAUCCCAAAAAAAAAACACUGGCGGAAUUGUUGGACGAAGGCACUGAGGGAUCUUUUUCGUGGCAGAAAUGGGCAGCUUCCAAAAUUCCUCUAAGUCAUUCUCAGAAAACAGAGGCGGAAUUGUUGGACGAAGGCACUGAGGGAUCUUCUUCGUGGCAGAAAUGGGCAGUUCCCAAAAUUCUUCCAAGUCAUUCUCAGAAAAAACAAAAAGCUAAGUGGGGCCAGCUUCCAAUGUCCUCGUCCUCAAAGGGCCCUGUCAAACAAAAAGCUAUCGAUCCAUUAACACGGCCGCCUAAACUUCCGUAUUCUCGCAUACCAGAUGAUAAACGAAGGGAGUACUUAGACCGACUUUGGAUGGAUUAUUCGAAUGCACCUAAUCCUAUUCAUAUUACUCUUCACAUACCGGGUGGUGGUUGCGUUGGACGUAUCUUUGUCAAAUCUGACACUCUUGAGGAUGUCUAUGGGUACUUACGCUUACUUGGAUUAGGAGAAUACGCGUCUGAAUCCUGUAGACUUGCAACGAAAUCCCCACGUCGUUGUUACAGUAUUGAAGAUGGCAGCUCAACCUUGGAUGAAUUAGGCCUUGGCAACGGUGGAGACUUGUAUCUGGAGGAGAAGAAAUAGGUCUGUACAUAUAGAUUUUUGGACCCAAAAACACAUUGAGACGGGUUUGAUAAAAAAAAAAAAAAGAAAAGGAAAAAAGUAAUCUUUGUGAUGGAUGAUAUUCAUUGAAGACAAUGGGAGGGCAUCUUUUUGUCUAUAUAUACAGAUCUCCUAGUUGUCAAUUAUACUUUGAAAUGAAAGAAUUUGCUAUUGGACAAACA